AUGGGCCCCACCCCUUCCCAGCCCUCAGCCCCCCUGGGGAUUCAGGCCACGGCCUAUCCCGAGCCGCAGCGCAGCCCCGACCCCGCCCACUCGCCCCGGAGCCACGCCUCCCUGAAUGUUCAGCCCCCCGCCCCCCUGAGGGCUCAGGCCACGGCCAAUCCCGAGCCGCAGCGCAGCCCCGGGCCCGCCCACUCGCCCCGGAGCCACGCCUCCCUGAAUGUUCAGGCCACGGCCAAUCCCGAGCCGCAGCGCAGCCCCGGCCCCGCCCACCGCUCCCAAAGCCCCGUCCGCUCCAUGGCCCCGCCCCCUUCCCAGCCCCCCCGCCCCCCUGAGGGUUCAGGCCACGGCCAAUCCCGAGCCGCAGCGCAGCCCCGGCCCCGCCCACUCCCCCAGGAGCCACGCCCCCCGAGGGUUCAGGCCACGGCCAAUCCCGAGCCGGAGCGCAGCCCCGCUCCCGCCCACCUCUCCCCGGAGCCACGCCCCCCGAGGGUUCAGGCCCCGGCCCCGCCCACCGCUCCUAAAGCCCCGCCCACUCCCCCCGGAACCCGCCCCUUUCCCAGGCCCCGCCCCAGGAGGUUUCGGGCGAGGGCCAAUCCCGAGCCAGAAGCCCCGCCCCUUUCCCAGCCCCCCCGAGGGUUCGGGCGAGGGCCAAUCCCGAGCCAGAGCGCAACCCAGGCCCCGCCCACUCUACCCCGGGACCCGCCCCUUUCCCAGGCCCCGCCUCCGCAGGUGUCGGGCGAGGGCCAAUCCCGGGCCAGAGCGCUGCCCCGCCCCGAGGGCUCGGGCCAAUCCUGA